CACUAAAGGUGACCGGGAGCCGCUCACGGCUCAUUAUUGAAUGUCUUCACAUCGAGCGGCGGUGGGAGGCGGAUGGGAAGAUUUACUGCAGAUCCGCUGCGUCUUCUCGGGCAGGCUGGUCCGCGUGUCGACGUCUCAGAUGCGGUCAGGAUGGACGCGCCGCCACACGCGCACUGAGCGUUCCGCACCUCCGGGCGGCUUCUUUUCUCGCUGUAGCCGCGUUUCCAUCCCCACUUAGUUUCGCCUCACCUUGCCAGUGACGCUAAAACGACGCGCAUGCGUUUGCGCUUGGAAUAAUUUUACAUCCUAAAUCGCCUCCCCGAGACCUUGUGUCAAAGUCGUCGCCGGGACCGGAGUCAGUGAUGGGGACCUGUGCGGAGCGCGGAUGCGGGGGCUUCUUGUGCCUGUCCCUGCUGGCGUCUGUGGCGUGCGGGGCGCAAAGAGCCAACGAGCCCAGCAACAUGUCCUUUGUUAAAGCCACGGUGGACAAGCUGCUCAAGGGCUACGACAUCCGUCUGCGGCCCGACUUCGGAGGCGCUCCUGUGGAUGUCGGCAUGAGCAUUGACAUCGCCAGCAUCGACAUGGUAUCUGAAGUCAACAUGGACUACACAAUCACAAUGUACUUCCAGCAGUCCUGGAGAGACAAGCGUCUAUCCUACACAGGCAUUCCUCUCAACCUCACUCUGGAUAACCGGGUAGCGGACCAGCUCUGGGUCCCUGACACCUACUUCAUUAAUGACAAGAAGUCCUUUGUACACGGUGUCACCGUGAAGAACCGGAUGAUUAGACUGCACCCUGAUGGAACGGUGCUCUAUGGUCUCAGGAUCACCACAACAGCUGCCUGCAUGAUGGACCUGCGCAGAUACCCGUUGGAUGAGCAGAACUGCACCUUAGAGAUUGAGAGCUAUGGAUACACCACUGACGACAUUGAAUUCUACUGGCAGGGAGGAAGCAACGCAGGCUCAGUCACUGGCGUGGAAAACAUUGAACUGCCCCAGUUCUCGAUCAUAGACUACCAAACCCAAUCCAAGAAAGCUGUGUUUGCCACAGGCUCUUAUCCACGUCUGUCCCUGAGCUUUAAGCUGAAGAGGAACAUUGGCUAUUUCAUCUUGCAAACCUAUAUGCCCUCCACCCUGAUCACCAUCUUGUCCUGGGUCUCCUUCUGGAUCAACUAUGAUGCCUCGGCUGCCAGAGUAGCCUUAGGUAUAACCACGGUGCUGACGAUGACCACCAUCAAUACCCAUCUUAGGGAGACUCUUCCCAAGAUCCCCUAUGUCAAGGCCAUUGACAUUUUUCUCAUGGGUUGUUUUGUAUUUGUCUUUCUGGCCUUGUUGGAGUAUGCCUUUGUCAACUACAUCUUCUUCGGUCGAGGUCCCCAUCUGCAGAAGAAGGUGGCAGAAAAGGCUGCCAAGUCUAACAACGAGAAUAAGAGUAGACUGGAGAGCAACAAAGUGCAGGUUGACGCUCAUGGGAACAUCCUCCUAACCAACCUUACCAGUGAGAUGAGUGGAGCAGAGAUGAUGGGCGUUCUCAACGACCCUCGAGCUACCAUGUUCUCUUAUGACAGUGCCAGCAUACAGUACCGCAAGCCCAUGACCAGUCGAGACCUGUAUGGUCGACCGCCCAUUGACCGGCCAGUGGGCAACAAGAAGGGUCGCUUGCGGAGGAGGGCCUCACAGCUCAAAGUCAAGAUCCCCGACCUCACCGAUGUCAACGCCAUAGACAAGUGGUCUCGUGUUAUCUUCCCAAUUGCAUUCACCUUCUUCAACCUGGUCUACUGGCUUUACUAUGUCCAAUAGGGUGCCAGAGGUGAACCUAUGUGGCAGCACCACUGCUAAAGAUUUGAUAGAAAAGCUACCUAGAUCUUGUACAGCAAAGAAAAUGAAGGAGUACUCAGUCCAUUUGUAUAAAUCCUAUUUUGGAAUGAGUAGUACUGGAUGUCUUUACAAUGUAAAUACAAAUGAACAUAUACAUAUAUAUAAAACAGAGUUAUAAUUUAUUAAAAAUCCUAUCACUUUUCCUGUACUCAUCUAUACGAAAUAGAUAAGAAUAUUCAAAUUUAAGACUGCAAAGUUCUAGCAUUUCUAAGGUCACACAGAUCGAAAAGACCGGUGAGUCCAAGAUUAUGGGCAAUGAUCUUUCAAUUUGCUCUAUCUCUUUUUCUUACCUUCUGUUAUAUCACUUUUUGCAUGUGAAUGGAACACAACUUUGUAUUUGCUUAGGUAAAAAAGAAAAGAAAAUAGGAAAACCAGAAAAACAAGUAGUAUUAACUGUUGUUACAUGAUUUCUUUGACCGAUGGGACUUACAUUGCAAUGAAGUAGUCCUUAUUUUGUUUGAACCCGGAGCUCUUACUGAGGUCAUUUUUAAAGAGUUGGAUAUGUAUCAUUGUGUUGAAAUCCUUCUCAAACAUACAUGCUUGCGCUAACAAACAUGUCAGAUUGCUUUCUGUGAAUUUAUUUUUGUUUCUUUAAAAAAAAAUGUACAUGGCUGUACUGAGCCACUGUGGCUAUUAUAGUAAUUAUAUUGUAUGUUUUUAAACAAUUAUUGCAUUUAAGGUAAGUACCAGACAGAUGUUAAUUUGAACUCAAAAAAAGUUGUCAUAUUUGUACCUACUAUAUUCUCACACCGUCUAGGGGCAUGUACAAUGUAAUUUUCUUUCAAGGAAAUCAGGUCAAGAAGAAGCAAUGAUGUCGCCAUGCGCUUAAAAUCAUGUUAAAAAAUUCAAGCCCUGAUAAAACUCGCUGCUGGUUUUGAAAUACCUGGCAUUACACAACAUUAUUUUCCAAAACCUCAAAUUGUACUGUACAUAAUUGUUUAAUUACAUAGAGGUUGAUCCACUUCAAUCUGUUAAAUAAUUAAACGGCAAGUAAGAGGUCAAAGUAACAUUCUUUUCAGCGGAUUACCUCUUAUGUUAUUAUCAAGGAUCGUAUGGUCAGUUGUAAGACAAAAGUUCGAGUUUGCACCAGUCCUUCUGUCAGGUUCAAAAACUUUUCAAGGCAAGCUAGUUGCGAGGACAGCAAGAGUAGGUGUGACCAAUUAGCAUCACAAUGAAGUAUGUUUAGUAUGUGUAGUUACAAGUUUAGAACAUGUAUAGAUAAGGAUAUAGAUAGUUUCUCACCCCAUGGUCAGUGCCAAUGCAGAAAGUGGCGUCUGCUUCACAGCACAAAGUGAGGACGAAAGUUGGGUUGUAUAGGUCAGGUACGUAGAUGGGCAUGUAGCAGGGGACACUUAACAUUCAUCUUUUUGCUUUAAAAUAGAAACCCUACGGGCCAAACAUCAGCAUGUGAGUGUUGGCAACCACACCUUUGUUUUAGUUGUCAUCUCUCCCUAACCGUCACAUGGUUUAUCAGUCACAGAAAACACAUUAUCACUGGACGUAGGCAAAGGUUAUGCAGAAUUGUCUAACAUGUCCAUUAUUGUGUCACUUGAAAGAUAGGAUUUAGCUUUACAAUCACAGGAAACCAAAGUGAAGGAAAACUCUCUGCUGUCCCGGGCUGAGGCAGAUCUUAUGUGCUGAAAACUGUAAAAGAAGAGAAAGGAGUGGUCCUUUCUUUUUCUCUACUGUACUCAGGUGUCUCUUGCAACAGAGAUAAGGAGAUUACCCGCUUAAAUAAAGGUUAUACGAUGGUUGUUGACUUCACAAUGGUACAAGCAUUCUUUACAGAAACAUAUUCCCAUGCCGGACAGAAAGUUCGACAUAAUUUGUGGCAGUUCAAGGGUCAUGUCCAAUUUUUCAUGAUGGGGAUAUUGCUUUGAUCUAAGGAACUGACAUCUACUCAUGCGUGACCGAUGGAAAGAAAAAUCUACACGCUGUGUAUAUUAGUGUGGUCUUUCUCCAGGAUUCCCCAAAGCAGCUUCAGCUCCCAUUGUCAUAUUGUAUAUUCUAAGGGCUUGUUAUAUUGUCUAUUGGACAAACAGCAUUCCUCUAUUGCAGGGGUCUUCAAUAUUUUUCAGGCCAAGGACCCCUGAACUGAUGGCGAGGUGCAGCAGGGACCCCCUAUUCUACGGAGUUUGGUCCGCCAUCUUUUAUUUUUGAGCUUGGCGCUCUUUAGACGUGAGCAUAAAGGCGAUCUGAUUGGCUGGUGACUGUGAUGUUGUAUUUGCAUGAAAGGAGCUGUGAGUGAACCGGUGUCCAGCUUGAGAGCUGCUGAGGGAAGCUCAAUGUGUGUUGCGAACUGAAAGAUAAGGUCUUCUCCAUCAAUUUAUCUGUUCGCUACAAUAAGUUGGAUUCAUGUAAAUGUGUAUUUAAAGACAAUAAAUACAAUUCUAAUUCUGA